AUGUUUCUUUGUUUUGCAACAGAUAUACCAUCUGCAUCUUAUGCUGUGGAGAAAAUUCCUGUGGCUAACAUUGCAGAAUUUUGUUAUAGUCAAGCGCAAGCUGAAGGAAUGAUGAAACUCACUAACGACAGAUUCAAACAAUUACUUCCAACUGAAAUUAGCAGGCUAAAACGAGGACUAAUAAAUCCCUUAGGCUCACUCGUAAAAUUUAUAACCGGUAACCUAGAUAAUGACGAUGCAUUAAAAUAUGAAGAAAUGAUUACAGAUAUAAAAAACAAACAAGACUUAAUUUCAAAAAAGGUAACUAUUGUCUCCAAAAUGGCGGGUAUAUUAGCUAAUUUUACACGAGCUACUCAGAGUAAUCUCAUCCAAUUACAUGAUGAAAUAGCCCAAAUUAACGAGGAAAUAAAAAAUAUUAAUAUAGACAGAUUGGAAAGUAAAUUGAUAAAAAUACUUACUAUAUUCUUUAAUAACUUUUUAUCCAUAUUCAUACAAUUGGAUGAAAUUGAGACAGCCGUUGCAUUUAGUCGUGUAAAGGUAUUGCAUCAGUCCAUUAUAGAUAAUAAGGAAUUGUUGAAUGUAUUAAAGGAAAUAGAAAAAACUGAUAAACUUGUUUUUCCAGCAAAACUUCAAAAUCUUGUUAAAAUAGAGCCAACUAUUGAAUUACAUGCUUAUUUCAAGGAGAGACGAAUAACGUUCAUAAUGCGUGUUCCUUUAAUAGCGCCAGACAUUUAUAAUUAUUAUAAAGUUUUACCCCUACCUGUACUGAAUGUCUAUAAUAUAACCACUCUUAUCCCUCCUAAAUAUCCUUACCUACUCGUGAAAGAGGUUAAAACUCAAUCACUUACUCACCCUUGUCAAGAAAUUGAUGAAUCAAUGUAUCUAUGCUACGAGGACGACAUAACUUCACAUAUCGAAGAUAACUGCGUUACCAGCCUUCUGAAAUUUGAAACAAACUCUAGCACCUGUCAUCCAAUUGCCGUGGAAAUCAAUUCACUGCAGCUGAGAUCAAUAUACGAAAAUCGUUGGAUAAUCUACACCAAUAAACCAGUAAUUCUGAAAGAAACAUGCAAAGGCGAAGUAACACGUCAAAAUCUCUUCGGUACUUAUUUACUGGAAAUGGAUGGAAAAUGUCUAGUUACAAUUCAAGAUAUUCAAUUGAAAAUUAGGCACACUAAAGAAACGGAUAUAAGGUUCCACAAAUCAAUUAAAAUCAGCUUACCUGAAUUACCACAACAGGCUCCUGCAGACGAAAAACCUAUCAAUUUAGAUAACAUAGACAUGGAAAAUCUACAACUUUUAUCAUACGCAUUGAAGAAAAAUAGUGAAAGUGAAAUUAUUGAAAGUGUUACAGUGAAAAGUUAUGGCAAGAGCAAUUUUAUUCGCCGCGAUAGAGGAGGAGCAGUUAAAACAUCGCUCCCGCCUAGAAAGGAGACUGCUUCGGGAGGAAAGUCGCCCUUUUGA